UAUAAUUAUGGCGCUGUUGCGUGUCCGUUCGUGUCUUCCCUUGUUGGAACUUUCCGCGUCAUGCUGUAGCUGGCGAGUGCCAAAGCAAAAUCACACUCUUCCUGAUCUUCCCUACGAUUAUGGAGCUCUUGAACCAACAAUAUCUGCAGAGAUCAUGCAGCUGCACCACAGCAAACAUCAUGCUACCUAUGUCAAUAAUCUCAAUGUGGCAGAAGAGAAAAUGGCGGAAGCACUAGCUCGAGGUGAUAUUACAAGUGCAGUGGCCUUGCAGUCUGCUGUCAAAUUCAAUGGUGGAGGGCACAUCAACCACUCCAUUUUCUGGACAAAUUUGUCACCUAAUGGUGGUGGACAGCCUAGUGGGGAGUUGCUUGCUGCUAUCAACAGAGACUUUGGUUCGUUCAAUAAUUUGGUGUCCAACCUAUCAGCUGCUACUACAGCAGUACAAGGUUCAGGAUGGGGAUGGCUGGGUUACAACAAAGAUGCUCAGCAUCUUCAGAUUGCAACUUGUGCCAACCAAGAUCCAUUGGAAGCAACAACAGGCCUUAUUCCUCUCCUUGGUAUUGAUGUGUGGGAGCAUGCUUAUUAUCUCCAGUACCAGAAUGUGAGACCUGACUAUGUAAAUGCUAUUUGGAAGGUUGUGAACUGGGCAAACAUUUCUGAGCACUUUGCCAAGAUCAAAUCUUGAAGUGGAGACUCAACAGUUUGCGACAAGCUACAUCUGCUUGCUUUAUCUGGCAGGCAGAUGAUAACUACGUAUAAUAAUGUAACAUCUGUUUGCUGUGAAUGAUGAAGAACACAACUUCUACGCU